AUGGAGCGAACAUAUGUUCGCCCUAAGAAGUCCAAAAAAUGUGGAUGCUCAAGGAGAUCUGCGACAGCAGGUCCUGAUAAAGGUGAUCGAAAAGAAAAGAAAGCCAAGACAUCUAAGGAGAACGAUGACUCGGAUCCCAACCAAGUUGCAGAAGAGUUCCUUGCUGCAGCGCGUGCUAUAGCACGUUGUGUCGAUCUGUUUUGCAACGUGGAGAAACUCUUAAGGGUGGGUUUCCUCCUGCAGCAAGAACAGGCUGCAGAGAACGGAGAACUUGAAGAGCCUGAGGCCGAGCGUGAGUCCCGCAGAAAAAGGCUUGCUACUCUUUCAACCAACAUCCUCGAUCGGUACAAGUGCAACUAUCAGCAGUUACUUCAUUUGGCUCCGGGACUCCGACCACUUAUUGCUGAUCACCCCAAGUCUAAGCAGCUCACUCAGAUUGCACGGAAGAUGAACGCUGUUAUCAGCGGAACACGUUCGGACGACGCCACUCGCCUAAAGGUUGAAAUCGGUCACUAUGCGGCUCCUGAACCCUUAGUGGAAGCCCUGAAACCGACUAUCUACAAUGGUGGCUCACUGUCCAGGGCGCAUAUGGGCAUCAACCACCCGGUGCUAGCUUCAUUCCUCUGUCCGAUAUCGGGGCUUGAAGAUUUCAAGAAGGAUCCUGCACAGGCUCGCAAGUGGAUGGAAAUUGGACGGAUUUGCAUGACUUCGAUCAACUUUCCGGUGUUUCUGUGGGCCGGAAAGCCACCUGCCAGUAACUACAACGAGGACGCCAUGCAUGAGGGCCUAUUCCAGGGGUAUUUCGUCGAGCGCAUAAUGUGUCAUAUUUUUACCGGACCAUCUACUGCAUUAGGUGAUGACUCGCGUGCUACACGUUUGUGCAAUGCAUCCCUGCACGACAUGACUACUGUCGAAGCAGAGCAUAUAGCAUAUGCUUGCGUUCAGCCGACGGCGAAUUCCAACAAUCGAGCAUUUUACUACAAUAUCAUCGACUUCAUUCGCGAGUGCGAGGAUAGAGAUUGGGCGGAGGGGCUUCUCAAAUGGUGGAACAGGGCAUUAUUCAAGAAUGAAAACGGACGCGAAGGUGGAACAACCAUAACCGACGACAACGGACCAGGGAACGCGGCUGGCUCUUCCUCGGCUUCUGGGUCAAUCAACGGCCUAGCCAAGAUGCGAGCACAGAUGGCUGCUCGUGUCAGUGCUGCCAAAGGACCUGCAGGACCCGGACCCACUCCGACUCACCCAACACCGCCUCAAAGUUCUAUAACCCCAGAACCAGAACUUCCCCCGCCACCAAUCGUUCGAUCUCCUGUCAUCCCGGAUCCCGAACUUCGCCCACCGCCAAUCGUUCGAUCUCCAAGGCCCAGGCCCCUGCAGAAUGCCCCCAGCCCGUCAAAGUCACUUGCACCGAGCGAGUUGACACCAGACGAGGUUCUCUCAGAACACGGCGACGACUUGCUUGACCCGGUGGACGUCAGUACUACCAUCAAACCAAGGAAGAAGAAAGCGCCGAAGACCAAGCGGGCUACUGGUAAAACUGCUAAGCGUCGCAUGACCGUGACAGAGGAAUCCGACGACGACUCGGAGGACGAGGAACUGCCAGUGGCCAAGUCAACCAAGAGUCGCGGUAAACAUGUGGCCCGCAGGAAAUAG